UCCCAAAUUUGAAGGGUAAUAGCAGCACACAGAGCACAAUGCCAAUGGCAUCCAUUUAUGCACCGAGGACUCUCCUCUUCUCCCAUUCAACCAAACUCUUCCUCUCUCCCUUCAAACCUUUCUCUUCCAUUCCUCUCCAAUUCACAAGAACCACAUGCACUCUCCGACAACCUCUGUCACCUCGCCGCAACAUCAUCGAAGUCCUCGAAGAACGAGGUCUUGUGGAAUCCAUAACAAGCGACGCUCUCAGAACCGCUUCUUCUUCCUCACCCCUCAAAGUCUAUUGCGGCUUUGACCCCACCGCGGAGUCCCUUCACCUCGGCAACCUCCUCGGCCUCAUUGUCCUCUCUUGGUUCCGCCGCUGCGGCCACCGCACCAUCGCCUUGAUCGGCGGCGCCACCGCCCGUGUUGGCGACCCGUCUGGGAAAUCCCUUGAAAGGCCCGAACUUGACGCCGAUUCCUUGGAGAAGAACACAUUGGGUAUCUGCAAAACUAUCGCAACGAUUCUGGGUCGCGCUCAAAAUCCCAACUUGGGUGAGUUGAAUUGCAAUGUUGUGAUUUUGAAUAACUAUGAUUGGUGGAAGGAGUUUACUUUGUUGGAUUUUUUGAAAAGGGUGGGUAGGUAUGCUAGGGUGGGGUCCAUGGUAGCUAAGGAGAGUGUGAGGAAGAGGUUGGAGUCUGAACAAGGGAUGAGUUACACUGAGUUCACUUACCAGUUGUUGCAAGGUUAUGAUUUCUUGCACUUGUUUCAGAAUGAGGGUGUUAGUGUUCAGAUUGGGGGUAGUGAUCAAUGGGGUAACAUAACUGCUGGCACUGAGUUGAUUAGAAAGAUAUUGCAAGUGGAAGGUGCCCAUGGUUUGACAUUUCCUCUUCUUUUGAAAAGUGAUGGCACAAAGUUUGGAAAAUCUGAGGAUGGGGCAAUUUGGUUGUCACCUUCCGUUUUGUCUCCUUACAAGUUUUACCAGUAUUUUUUCACUGUUCCUGAUGCUGAUGUGAUUAGGUUUCUCAAGAUUCUUACCUUUUUGGACAUUGAGGAGAUAAUUGCCUUGGAGGGUGAGAUGAUGAAACCUGGUUAUGUGCCUAAUACAGCUCAAAGGAGGCUUGCUGAGGAAGUUACAAAGUUUGUUCAUGGAGAAGAUGGUUUAGCUGAAGCUCUUAAGGCGACUGAAGCAUUGAGGCCGGGGUCUGAGACAAAAUUGGACUGGAAAACUAUUGAAGGGAUUGCUGAGGACGUUCCAUCUUGUUCUUUGGCUUACAAUGAGGUUUUGAAUCUGUCAUUGGUGGAUCUUUCAGUUUCUUCUGGAUUGUUUGAGAGCAAAUCUGCUGCGCGGCGUUUGUUAAAGCAAGGAGGUCUUUACUUGAAUAAUAACAGAGUGGAUAGUGAAAGUAAGAGGAUUGAGGCAGCGGAUAUAGUGGAUGGGAAGGUUCUCCUGCUAUCUGCAGGCAAAAAGAAUAAAGUGCUGGUGAGAAUAGCUUGACAGGAUUUAUUAGAUAGCUGAAUAUUCUUUGAAGAGUGUCUAUUUGCUCUGUAUUUUUGUUGUAUUCUUAAGAAAUCUUUUGAAUUUCCUGCUACAUGGAAGCUUAGUAGUUACCUAUGGAAUGCAACCAUUUUGUCUUUAAACUUCCAUGAUUAUAUCCUUGCAUUCUAAUAACACCUCUUGUAUUCAUUAUUUGAUUUAACAUUGCA